AUGCUUAAGAAAAAGUUGGCUGUAGCAGAGCGUGAACUGAAGAAACAUCAAGACAAAGAGGACAAAGCGAAAGCUGAAACGUGGGACCUAGAGAUUACCCGUCGCAAAGUACAUUUGACAACGACUGAUCUUCAGGUUGUUGGGUCAGGCACGGCUGGAGGAAAUAUUGCAAUGAUCAAGAAGCAGCUUCGCUCCUUGAACAUUCGAACGUGGGAUGACAUUGCUUGUGCACAGAAGUUAGUCGCACCAACUACCAAAGCAGUAUUUCCAUGUGUGGGCGUGGACUUCAGUACUGAAGCUUUCUUUAUGCAGAACCACCCGCACCGGAUCUACACAAGCUUCUUUGCAGUUUUUGACACAGCUGAGGCCAGGCGCAUUCUGGCGCAGCGGGAGCAAGAAGACAAGGUCUUCCAGGAACAGGUUGCAAGGGAUGGUAGUGAUGAUGUCAAUGAACUGGCAAUUGAUGAGCAAAGAGCGUACCGAGUGAAAACGACGAAAUGGAUUAAGGCAUCUCUCAUAUCUUUGGCUGAUGUGAUUUUCUGGUUCGUGUUGCGCGUUUCAAACAUUGCUCGUGGACCUGUUCAACACUUCUUCAACAUAUUGAGCAAGCAGGGCCCAGAGGGGUUGUCUCAGUCCUUUGGACGCACCAGGGGCAUUCCAAUUGUGGCUUUGGUUUGCAUGAGAGCUGUGGAAGUAAAGAAUGAGUUCUUAGCCUUACUGGAGAGCCUCGACACAUGGGUUGAAAAGACUAUGUCUCUGGCAGUGUCUGACCUGCGGCCACAUCUGCCCGAAUACUCGGAACUUUUGAAAGCGGAAGAGAAAUCUUUUCUGAGAUUGCUGGCUUUGGAAUUGGUUCACCACAACUACACUGCUUAUGUUCGAAGACUUGUUCAAUUAUUGGACCAGUGCCUCGUCUAG